AUUCAUGCACGGGUACCCGGGUGCAAAUCAGCUGCUGGAGUUCACCACGAGUUAACACUUUCUUUAUGAACAGUUAUUCAGUUUUGUGUUGGGCGGUCUCUAUCUUUGGACCUUGUGGCGUGUGCACAGUUGACACCUAGCCAAGGUUGCGGACGCUGGUCUUCGUACAUUACGUCAGUAUGGUCAGGGAGUCGACCUGGCAUGCCUAGUCUAGGUCGACACCCAAGUGCGUGCAAUUCAAGUGAUGCCAUAGUGACUUCAUGGAGCAGAGUUUUGCCUUCUUGCUUCAAAUACGUUUGCAUAGAACGUGAUCGUGGAGCCUUGUAGAAAGCUGAGCACUAACAGGGAUUUUCCAGUACAUCAGUCCAGCAUGGAUCCUAGUAACUGGAGCCAGCUGCCGCAUACGGCAGUCAUUAACGUCCUCUCCUGCCUGUCUCACAGAGACAGAGCUCGGGCCUCGUCAACCUGCAGGAGUUGGCGGGAGUGCUACUUCCACCCCUCCUUCUGGCGUCAAGUUAACCUGGAGCUGUCCCUGCGUACCGGCUGCGAGCCGGCCCGCCGCAUCCUAGAGAAGUGCGGGCGGUUUGUGCGGGAGCUGACUCUGACCUGCAUGGUGGUGUUGCCCAAUCACGGCGUGCUGUGUGGUCAGUUUGUCAGCCGGAGCGCGUCGGCCAGCUUGCUCCCGCCCACAGGGUCUGAGGAGUCAUCACAGGAGUUGCAGCUGGAUGAGCUGCCCCACUAUCGGGCAUUGUACCAAGACUUGCCUAAGGUCCUUGACGGUCUCAGCAGCAGCGAGGGACUUGAGAAACUCGUCUUCAGCUUCUUUCCUCUGUGCAAAAACUGUAAAUGCCCGCAGUCACCGGAUGAGGCGUUUGAAACCAAGAUGACAGAGAGCUUGAAGAAAGUCAUGCAAGCCACUGGCAAGCUGAAGACCUUGGCACUGGGACACAGCAUCGCCUCUUUGCAGUCCAAGUUCCUGAAGAUGCUUGCUCAGAAAUUUGGCAAGCAGCUGCAAGUCCUCCAUGUCCCGACCUUCCAGGUCAGCGAAAGACUCUCCGACGAGGCUACUGCGGUAACGUCGUCCCUCUGCGAGUUCACAUCCCUGUCCAUCCUGACCCUGAAUCUGUCCAUGGUGACCGACCAACUCCUGAGGAGCCUGCCCGAUGCCAAAUGUGCUCUCGUCCUGCGGCAGCUCAACAUGAUAACGGGUUUUGGGGACGACGUCAUUACUUCCGCCGAGGACGCCAGCUGGGAGAAGCUGGCCCGUCUCCUGCCAGAUGUGUGCGUUACCGUGUCGGCCGUCGUUGCCGAUAGCGGAGCAAUGGACGAGCUUCUCCACUUCCUCACUCCCAGCAUACCGCUGACGUCCCUGAGAAUCUUUGUCUGCCACCCGUGGUCCCUGAAAGAGGAGCUCAUUGAUGAUGUCGCCAAAAACUACAAGAGUCUUAGCUGCUUGGAGCUGCAUACUGACAAGCCCACGUUGUUGUUUGGCAAUGAUUCGGAGGCAGACCCACUGGUCAUGCUGUGUUGGCAGUGCAAGCAGUUGAAACGCCUUAUAAUCACAGGGUAUAAACUCCUCCUCUGCAACAUUCUGGCGAUGGCCACGCUGAGGGGGCCCAGCCUGACCACGUUUGAGGUGGAGCGGGAGCUUCUCUACCAUUACGACGACAUCCCGACCCGUGAGGAGGACGGAGAAGAGACCCCAACGUCCUUCGACAGCCAAUUCUCAGACAGCCUGCUGUCAGACAGCCUUGCGUCCUCGGAGGCCGAGCACCUGUUUGUCCUGCAGAGGAAGGUGGAAGAGAUCAGCGGAUGCCUGAAGCGGCCCUGGGAACCAGUGGAGAGGCGGCACCUGACCAUCGCCAAGUUCCUGGCCCAGGACCUGCUCAUCGACGCCGCUCAGUGAAAAAUGGAGGAACUUGUGUCGUGUGAGGGAUUAACAAUACAGCGGGCCCCAGUGUUUGUCCCCAAAUAGUCUCGCUUCCAGCUUGCAAGCUGACAUUGUAACUGUGUGAUGAUUUCCAUGCAGCAAGGCUUUGCAAUGGCAGAUACCAAGGGAAUAAGAUCAACGCAAGUAAACAUAUUGUGGACAUUUUUUAGGGAUCUUGGCAUUCCAUGAAAUUAACAAAAGGGUGGGGUGCAAGAUUUGGUCGAGAAAGGUUGGGCAAGGUUUGAUGAUUUUGAACUGUGCAUUAGCACUUUCACUUGCUCAAGUGUUCACAUACAAAUCCUAACUGAGGGUUGCUUACAUGUAUUUAUUAUUUCAUUUAGUGCACAAGUAUUUCACUGCAAUGAGUGGCCGUGACAUAUUGCAUUUUCUUUACUUUGACUUUCUCUUGUAAACCCUUUCCCAAAAUAAAAGGCUACCUGUAUCCUGCCAGAAUUGAGACUGACCUUUGGCAUAGGCCAAAGGUCAGCCACAGAUUAAUCCCCAUUCACAGUUUCACACUCGACAUCCUUGGAGUCAACUGUGAGGAAGAGAAACAUCCUUAGAAUGAACUCCAGUCCAUUUCUUAUAAUCAAUUGACUGCACUUCAGUUUAUACCUUUUCUGUCGGUGUAUAAUUGUGUCGUGUGGUGAACUGCCUAGAUGUAUGUUGUAUGAGUUACCCUAGUAUACUAGAGUCAACAGUGUUGGGGUAAUUAGCCAUUUUGAAGCAUGGCAGACACAAUAGGAAGGUGAAAUUUGAAGUGGGUCAAGUUGGAGUAAAUGCAAAAGUGUUUACUGGAACCUUACUCAGACCAAAUAUUACCCUUCGAUUGUGUCCAACCUACCUCAAGUCGGCUAAUUAGAUGUGAAUUGUGAAAUUCUGAGAUCCUUUCAGGUCCCCCAAACGGCCAGUUUUGUUUUCAAAUGUUCCCACCAGAUUGAUGGAUUUAUGCAGCUUUUCAAAACGGCAUUAUAUGCCUCCUUCAAAAACAAAUGUUCUGGAAAAAGAUUCGAUACUUACAACUGCUUCGUAAUGGUGCAUGAUUGUAUACGGGUUCUUAUGGUUUAGAAUGAUAGAAGUUGUGAAAUAGAGUUUAGUGUGUAAAAAUGGUCUGAAGCCAUUUUCAUAUGCCAUUUUCAUGUGCCAUUAGAUUUCACCCACUGAGGGUGGCUGUAACUAGAAAUUCCAUGUGGAAGAUGUGUAGAACUCACCAAAGAUCUACAUGUAUCUAAUGCCGUUGUCAGUAUUACAGUAUGUGCAGCAUCUGUUUUCACAUGCUCGCUUCAGUUUAUUUUGAUGUUCCUUAUAUAUGUUGGAAGGAUGUUGUGAUCAUGAAGGCAUUUGAAAUGAUUUUUGUCUGUUGAUCACUUCAUUAGUAAACUGUAAUAUUGAUAUUAAUGUGAAACUAAACUUGAAGCGUGUAUUUAGAUGAAGUACAAAAGGUGUCAUGAUUUCAGGAUAGAUGAACAGUUUGGACGACUGGCUUAAUCUCUGAUAUUUGAAAUUGAAUUGUAAAGCAUUUUGUUGUCUGUUCUAUACCUGUAUCUGAGCUUAUUUGCCCGAUUCCAAAGAGCAAUGAAUUUGAUGUACCUAAAUAUCUGUAUCUUUAUUUGGAAGAAAAUGGUUGGCAUUAACAGCUAUUGAAUUGGCACUGACUUGAUGUGCGUGGAUGAUUUUAUUUUUCCAGGGGAAUGGACAACUAUUCAUCUCCUGUAAAAGUAGGAGAGAAAAUAGAUUUGCAAGGAAUCUGUCCUUUGUUCCACGUCAUGUCAGUCGAUCUGUGCAAAAACCCAACACAGUGCUUUCCGUCAUUAAAGACAGGUCAUUGGAAAGGUAUAGUGAAACCUCGUUA